CGCCCUUCAGUUGCCAGUCUGAACUCGAACGCGUCGCACAUCGGUCGGAAUAAAAAACUAAAUAAAUAAAAGUUAAGAAUGGAGAAGAAUAUCCCCUACGACCGACAUCAGCCCGUGCCCCAGGCACCGCCCAGUUAUGAUACCAACACCCAGGGUUACUACAAUCAACAGCAGCCGGUGAUUUUGGCCCAACCUCAAAUUAUGCAGGCACCACCGAAUGUUUUGGGAGGCGUUCCAUCGAUGGCAACUUGCCCGAGUUGCGGAGUCCGUCGGCAAACGAAAGUCGAGUUUGAGCCAAGCACCAAAACCCACUUGUUGGCUCUUCUGAUCUGCAUGCUUGGUGGCAUUUGCUGCUGUUGCAUUCCAUACUGCACCGACUCCUGCCAGUCGGCCAAACACACUUGCAGCAGCUGUGGAGCCUAUGUGGGAACAUACAAGAACUAAGUUCCUUUCAAAAACAUCCCCUGUCCCCAAACGAAAUCUCACUGGCAUGUUUCUGAAACAUGCCUUUUCGCAGAUGGAUUCCCAAGCAGCAUCUUGAAUUUGAUUAAAUAUAUGUAAAUAUAUGUAUACAUACCUCAAGGAAAUUACGUCACCCUAAAAGGAAAAUAUGCUACGACGUCAAAGUGGUUUUUGAAGAUGCAGUAAAUUGAAAUACCUAUAUUUGGACCUCUGGCAUUUAUACCAGUUUAUGUUGUAUAAAAUGUAUAUUCGUACACGUACUAUUCAAUAAAACACAUAAAUACAAAAAAAUGAA